CCACACACUUCCCAUUCGUCCAGAGCGUUCGAAAGAAGUAGUUGAGACUAGACAGAGCUGAGUAGAGAGAGAGUAAAGGUUAUGGAGGGUCAGCGGCGUGAGCCGACUCGCAUAAUGGUCGGAGUGAACGAGUCGACGAUCAAUGGGUAUCCAAAUGCUUCGAUAAGCAGCAAAGGAGCUUUUGAGUGGACUGUGGAGAAGAUCAUCCGCUCCAACACUAGAGAUUUCAAGCUUCUCUUCCUUCAUGUCCAAGUUCCUGACGAAGAUGGGUUUGAUGACAUGGACAGUAUAUAUGCAUCUCCUGAUGAUUUUAAGAGUAUGAAGCACAGGGACAAAAUAAGGGGUAUUCAUCUGCUGGAGUACUUUGUAAACAGAUGUAAUGAGAUUGGGGUCGCAUGUGAAGCAUGGAUCAAGAAAGGUGAUCCCAAGGAAGUUAUUUGCCAUGAGGUGAGACGAGUCCAACCUGAUCUUCUAUUGGUAGGAAGCCGAGGUCUAGGUCCUUUCCAGAGGGUUUUUGUGGGAACUGUGAGUGAAUUUUGUGUCAAGCAUGCUGAGUGUCCUGUCAUCACAAUUAAGCGCCGUGCCCAUGAGACUCCUCAGGACCCUGUUGAUGAUUGAUUCUUCUAGCAAUGUGCUUCACAUCAACUUGAUAUUUGUUAUUCUGUCAUAGACUUUACGAAAUUCUGCCGGUAGAUAAAUGCGUGGAACCUUUUCAUACAUUGUUCUUUUACAGUUUAUUCCCGUCUCUUUUUUCCCUGCAUAGAUAUGUUUCUGGUAAGUAGGGCUUCUUUAUCAUGCCAUGCACUUGGUUUGUGGCUCAAACGUAUAUGAGGCACCUUUCAAUGGAGAAUUCACCAUUUCCUUGAUGGAUUUGGGCUAUGUACUAGCAAUUAUCUCACGUGUAUAUGGUAGUGGAAGGGGUAUUUGAUGGGGCUUGUGAUAAGAAACUCUCCAAGUAGAAGAUUGAG